AUGUGGAAGAAACUAGGGCUGCCGAGACCCAUCCCCUCCGACAGUGAUGACGAGGCGCAGGACACCCCUCCACCAGCCACCACCAGCACCGAAACGCCACCGGCUACAAGUACAGCAACAGGACGCACCGACUUACCGGCCGUCCAGACAUAUUGCCGGCAAAAGAAACGGCAAAGAACGCCGCCACCACCAUCCACAACAGCCCCGACGGCAAACCCUGCGGGCGAAAUGCUACCUGAAGCCACCACUUCCUCCGGCUACGGCCAGAAACGGCCAAGAACACAGUCUCCACCGAGAUCAGAGCCAGAGCCAGAACCCACCAUUGCCAUACAUCCCGCAGGACUCAAAGAAAGUGGUACGCCUACUGAUUUCACCAGCGCUGUGCCCACUGAUGUGCCCACUGAUGCGUCCACGGACUUGCCAAGCGCUAUGCCCAGCGAUGUGCCUAGCGAUGUGCCUACUAAUUUCACUAGCGCUGUGCCCACUGAUGUGCCCACGGACUUGCCAAGUGAUAUGCCCAGCGAUGUGCCCAGUGACACACUCAGUGAUAUGCCCAGUGAUCUGCCCAGCGAUUUGCCCAAGCCAGCAUACCCAGAUCACAUCGUUCAAGCCCUGACAUUCAACAAAAUUUCUGAGCGCACCAGGCUGAUUAAAAUUUCAUCUCUACCCUAUCACCCAGGUCCAGUAACUCCACGCCAUGAGCGUAUUUUCAGGAGGAAGAAAGCCAAAAGCACUAGCACCCAACAGCCAGCCUCCACAGUAGACCCAGCAGAUGGGACAACACAGGCAAUAGGGCAGGAACCAGCAAAUGAGCCACCUCCAGCAGCCCCCCAGCAGGAUGCUCCGCAGCCACCUGAAGACGAAGCCCCCAACCAGACAGUCCGUACUUGCUUUGAUUGUUUGAGCAAAUAUUUAAUCAGGUUGUAUAAUCUAGACUUGACCACGCGGUUGGCAAGAAUAGAAUUGGGUUCCCCUAAGUCUUAA